AUGGACAGAGUUGAAGUCGAAGAUAUCCAAUUCAAUUCCAUCAUUUAUGAUCUCAUUGAUAACUCCUAUCGCCAAAUCAAAGAUUCUCAUUUUUCUCCUGACAACCCUUUGACACCUUCUUACCAGCGCCGCUUAGCUCGGCUCUGCAAAAAACUCACAAACGCAAUUAAGCUGCAUUCCCGCCAAGCUCCAUUUGACACAUCUACAAUCAUUAAUCAGCUCCCAAUAAUCAAGCCCAAAAUCCUCGAUCAAGAACAAGAGCCAAUCCAGGUUGAUCUUGCUCUAGAAGUAAAAGAGUUAUCAAAUAAAUGCAUAUCAAUGAGCUCAGAUAUCAUUUCGAAAUGAAAAAAGCUUUCAGAAGAAAUGAGCUUACUAGCAGUUUCUCCUGCAAUUUCGAGCCCUCCGAAGUCUGAGCCUAUUCCAAGUGUGUAUCAAGAUUUCAAGGCUUAUAAAGCUUCAUGCGAAUUAGCUAAAACUAAAAUGAUGGAAAUGGUGAAAACUUUAAUAGAAGCUAAGAAACCGAUGAAAAAUCCGAUGCCUUUGCAUCCGCUUGAAAGAGUCGCAUUCAUUGAGACUAAUUUUCUAUUGCUUAAAUAA